AUGUCGCGUAGCAACUGGUUGCGUUUAUAUCGUGUUAGAAUAUUACUUGUUUGUUUAGCUUUGCUGUGUCUGUACUAUGGUUUACGAAUCAACGAGGAAACCGACAUGAUCAAAUUACUCGGAAUGAACUCUUACUGGUGGUUUUCUGGGUCCCCCACUCCAUAUAACAUACUUCUUAUUGGAUAUUUAAGAGGUGGAACAACAUUUGUAGGUGAAAUUCUUGGGCUUCGGAAUGACUCCUUUUACGUUUAUGAACCACUUCACAAGAUGUCAAUGUUACACUACUUCAAACCAGGCUAUAUGUGCAGUAUGGAGGACGCGUCUUGCAGGAUUGCAAACGGGACUGAUAACAAGGCAUUGGAUGUUUUACGAGCGGUAUAUAAUUGUGACGCUCGACAUUACCAGGACCAGCUCAGAACCUGGCAACAUAUGAAAUCUCGAGGCAUACUAUCAAUAAAUGAUCGGAGAUGGAAGCUUGCCUUUCCAGAAUGUAAUGGAAAUUGGAAAGGUUGCCCGGAAAAAUAUGAACGGCAUUGUUCAAUGCGUAGUUCAAUUGUUAUAAAAGAGCCAAGGUUAAGUAUCAGUUUCGCCUCAAACCUUCUGGAUACAUUCUCAAACUUAAAAAUAAUUUAUCUCUUAAGGGAUCCAAGAGCCAUUAUGAACUCAAGGGCGCAGCUUAAUUGGGGUUUUGGUGCCAUCUCUUUGUGUAACAAAAUGACUUAUGAUUACAUUGAAUCAGGAAAAUUGAAAGAAGUUCAUCCAGGAAGAAUUUACACCGUAUUUUACGAGGAUAUUACAACAAAUCCAAUAGAAACAGUCAGGAAAAUCUAUGAUUUUGCUGGUUACGAUUAUAACGCAUAUGAACAACUCCGCCUAACAAAGAUGACUUCCUCUUCUGAAAAAGGGGAGGCUGGUAACACAAAUCGUCGAAAUUCGACGGAAACUGCUUUUGCUUGGCGAAAUAAAAUAAAAGAGAAUGUCCUAAAAGAAACUGACAAAGCUUGUUCACACUUGUAUUCAGAAAUAGGAUAUCCACAAAUAGCACUUUAA